CUGGGGUAACGCGAGUACCUUAUGACUGGUGGAUGACAGGCUACCGUAGUUGUACCUGCGCGCCUCUCAUAGCUACACUACAGUCAAUAUUACAUUUGUUUCGGCGUCUUCGAGUAGAGCAAGAUUAUUGGACGCGUGCCCAAUCGCUUGCUACAGGCAGACCGGACCAGCUCGUCAAACGAAAGCGUCCAGCAAGUCCGAGGCGAUCGAUCAAUCAUGGCCACCCAGGAGCCAAAAUUGCACACUCAGUUUCCCGAAUCAACCGAGACAGCUCUCUGCGUCCUCCCACCGGGCGAGCUCUGCCCCCCCGCUGAGCUCCUGCAAUGGCUUGAUGAUUCAAAGCGCGGGACAUGGUCGCCACCUGUGGACAUUAUGUACCCCUUUGUACGCCUUGCAGAUUUGGAACAGGCGGUCGUGCGUGUCAUGGCUGUCAUAUCUGAUCAGUACCGAGACAAAUGCAUGGACGUUGAACUUGAUGCGCCAGAUGUGCCAAGGCACCACUCGCCGACCACGCUUCAUCACAGGGACUUGGCACAGUCAGCUGCGUUACGACAAAACAACCAAACAUCGUCGCCGCUUUUUUCCCUCGCACAAGCGGCCCAUAAGCAGGACGAUGCCUUUCUGUCAGUGCUAGCCAGGUUGCGCUUGCCGACGCCUUUGUCAUGGACCCUAUUGAGGAUAGUUGUACUCAUGCAAGAUGAUACUACUGCACUGCACAUCGGCCAAGGUGGCCGAAUGCAAAUUUGGGGCUAUAUUCACCUGGACUCAUCAUCAACCAUGCGCCCUCGAAAGUUACAGAGGACGGUGCGUCUUUUCAAGAGGGACAUGAUCGGGGAAGCGAGGACCACUCUCAACUAAUUGUGGCCUCGUAUAACGUCCAGGCGGACCUCCAGCGCCCUCCUAAUGAUGAGCGAUAUGAGGGACUGGUCUCUACUAUACUUUCAUCACGAGCCAAG